CAAACCAGAACAAAAAUGAUGGAGUGGCCAUUCUAAUCAAAAACCCCCUAGUCACGGUGAAGGGUAGCACAGUGGAAAGUGAUUUUAGACCUGGAACGAGCCAUCUUUUAUUUCCUGUGGGGGUCCAAGUGGGAACGAGUGCAAAGAAACGUGAUGAAGAAGCCAAAAGAGAAAGGAGGGAAAGGAGUGCCGGACCUGUUAUUGUUUUUAGGGAGCAGAUUUACAGCUAUACACAUAACAGCAGCCACGGCCCCAUCCAGAAAUCCUAAAACUACAGCUAUGGCACGGUUCUGGAUGGGGUCAUACCUCAGAAGAUUGAAGAUAUUACCCUCGGAUCUUAAAGUACCGGUGUCUUUUAUCCUGCCGCCAACCUAUGCUUUUAUCCAGACCUUUUUAAAACGUUUUCACCUUGAGCAAGAAGAAGUGCAUGUUUUAACAAAUCAUCGCUCUCUCAUUUCAGUUGUGCAGGAGCGGGAACCAGUGAGUCCAGUGCGUGGGCUGGCACUUGGCGAGCCCCAAACUGUUUGGCGCAACGUGAACCAUUCGGCUCUCCCAAACAGACUCCGGGACCUGUCGUGGAUGGUGGCUCACGAGAUCCUCCCGGUCAGGUCCGUUAUGCACUCCCGGGGCAUGUCGGCGCACUCAACCUGCCCCCGACCUGGCUGUGGCGAGCCGGAGUCGGUGAGGCAUUUGCUCUGGGAGUGCAGCGCUGCCGUAGACCAGUGGGCAAUGGCCGGCUCCUUGCAAUUCCCGUACUUACCAGCAAGGGAGGUCCUCACAGCACAGCUAGUGCUGUAUGGGGUGAGCCCAAAGAAACCGAUGCCAGCAUGUGACUUUGCAAAGCAGUGGCUCACCCUGGCCGCCAUCAAAGACGCCAUUUGGACCUCCAGAAACUUGCUGGUAAGAAAGCACAUGCAGAUCCCCCCCGUGGCUGUGAUCAGGAUGGCUGCAGCCACGGCCCGAAUGGCCCGAGCUGCAAGCGGCAGGCCAAGGACAUGGACAUCUCCAAGUAACAACGCGCACCGAGCUGCCCCGUGGUUGUGUUUGAUACUGGACCAAGAGCGGCAUGCGUCGCAGUGGCUGGCGGACUUCGUGGCCAGGAGUUGUCGCAAGAACCGCUCGGUUUUUACUGAAUGCCAAAAAGAACUCAGGAAGCUUCGACCCACCAGCGUGUCGUCCAGGCCCCUCAUGGUCUGGGGACUGCCCUUGAGCAUCCUGAGCCUGUUGAUGGCUGCAACCAUCAACGGGAACAGCCUGGCCUCGCUCUCGGCCAGCACCUGCCGACGAUUGGUGGUUCUCUGCAACCCUAUCCCUCGCCUCAGAGCGCACCAGUUUGGGGCUCUUAUCCGUGGCAGUGGCCUUUUGCCAAGUAACAACGCGCACCGAGCUGCCCCGUGGUUGUGUUUGAUACUGGACCAAGAGCGGCAUGCGUCGCAGUGGCUGGCGGACUUCGUGGCCAGGAGUUGUCGCAAGAACCGCUCGGUUUUUACUGAAUGCCAAAAAGAACUCAGGAAGCUUCGACCCACCAGCGUGUCGUCCAGGCCCCUCAUGGUCUGGGGACUGCCCUUGAGCAUCCUGAGCCUGUUGAUGGCUGCAACCAUCAACGGGAACAGCCUGGCGUAG